AAUUGGAAAAGUACCACCACAAACGAAAACGAACCGAAGAAAAACAAUUUUCAUUUUAGUUUACAAUAUAUAUCCGUAGUUUUCCGCAAUAAUUGCGCAGACAAUCGUACGUCAUGUCCAGUCUGCAACGUACAAUACUUAAGUCCAAAUUGCCACCCACAAUUCCGAGUGGGCGCAUUGGCAGAGCAGACUCCUUUAAGAAAUCACGAAUACGGGACUAUAAGCCAUGCAUGUGGAACGAGUUCUUUGCCGAAAAGGAAGACGUUGUUGUGGAUGACAACCGUAAAUUUCGCGUCUAUCGCACUAAAAUGCCUGAGAAACCGGGCCCCGUAUUGUUGUUGUUGCAUGGUGGGGGCUACUCGGCGCUUACCUGGGCACAUUUUUGUUCGGAAGUGACAAGCAUGAUACACUGUCAAUGCCUGUGCAUCGACCUUCGGGGACACGGCGACAGCAAAGUGGAUGACGAGGACGACUUGUCGGCAGACACUUUGUCAGAGGACAUUGGCGAUUUGAUAACGAAACUCUAUCCCGAGGAGGUGCCACAAAUAUACCUGGUUGGUCAUUCAAUGGGCGGCGCUAUUGCAGUGCACUUUGCCCACAUGGCUCUGGUUCCGAAUUUAAUCGGCAUCACAGUUAUUGAUGUCGUCGAGGGCACGGCCAUGGAAGCUUUGGCCAGCAUGCAGAGCUUUUUACGCUCGCGUCCAAAGUAUUUUCAGAGUAUACCGAACGCCAUCGAAUGGUGCAUACGCAGCGGACAGGUACGAAAUGUGGACAGUGCCAAAGUCUCAAUGCCAGGGCAGAUAAUCAACUGCACAACGAAUCAACUCGCAACGAAUGAUCUUCCCCUGACUGAGGAAGUCCUUGAAGAAGCGCAUCAUACCAGCAUGUUUCCCAAUGCUUUCAGUAUUUCCGAAGAUGAGGAGGUGGGCAAUGGCGGAGAGGAUGGCGCCGAGUGUACCGAUUUUAAGAAACCCAUAACAACCAAGGCAGCAACUGAUGCCGCCAAGAAUUACACCUGGCGCAUCGAUUUGGCCAAGUCGGAAAAAUAUUGGGUCGGCUGGUUUUCUGGAUUAAGCGACAAGUUCCUUAAUUUGAGAUUGCCCAAACAGUUACUGCUCGCCAGCAUCGAUGGUCUGGAUCGCACACUGACCGUUGGUCAGAUGCAGGGUCGUUUCCAGAUGCAAGUCUUGGCACGCUGUGGUCAUGCCGUGCACGAGGACCGUCCACACGAGGUUGCCGAAGUAAUCAGCGGCUAUUUGAUACGGAAUCGUUUCGCUGAGGCAGCAGGCGAAUUUCGUUGCCACAUGCCAUCCUGCUGAGCGGCUUCCAUGUACAGUUGUAGCACAAAAAUAUCUAUUUUUGAAUGGAGCAUUACAGAUGCAUAGAUAUAUAAACACAAAAACAUAGGGCAUAGGAACAGAUGAUAUACUCCGUAUUAUCAAUAUAUAUAUAUAAAUAUAUACAUAUAAAUAUAAUCAAAUAAUUUAUUCGAUUACUUACAACAAAUCCAAAUGUAUUUUCAACUUGUAGUUUUUGCUCGUUUUGCCAAAAGUUCCAUGUGAAUCCAGAAAAAGAGUAUGAAUACUCGUUAAUGCUUUGCGUUGGGCUUUUUAAAUUGUUGAAAUGCUGUGUGCAUUUUUUGUGUGUAUUAAAUGUGUGCCAGAUUAAGUCAAAAUUGAAUCGAAAUUUAUUAUAUGUCAAGCGAAUAAGUUCAAUAAAGUGCUAAAAUUAUAACAUUA